UGUUGUCAGCAACUGCGAGACUGCAAGACCCCCCCGUGGGUUGUGACGUGUUAGGCCCCCUCCCUGCUCUAUGAUUGAUGUGUGGUGCGUGCCCUUAGGGGCGUAGCCGAAGUACUUAGGCUAUAUAAGUUAGUGUAUACGUGUAAUAAACGCCAUUUGCUGUUCACCACAUUGGUGUCAUCUCGGUAAUUGGCCAAGCUGCGGUUUCCCAGGAAUAUGGAACGGGCGCAUACGGCAACAAGUGGUGACCCUGACCGACGUGAUUCCUGGGAGUGAAUCAGCUGUCUGCCAACGGAGCAGGAGUCCAUUGAGGAGCGGGCGGGAGGCUCGGGAGAAGGAGCCGGGAUCCCCCUAGGAAGUUAGGGGAAACGCCAGGAAGAGGCCAGGCAUACGUUCGGCCGGAGGCGAUAUGGAAGCCGUCAUAAAGGUGAUUCUGCAUGCAUGCAAAAUUUAUUGUGGGAAAAAUGUUCCUUCUAAGAAGGAGAUUUCAGCGACACUCUCCUUGCUGGAGAAGGAGGGGCUAUUAUCAUCCCCCUCUGACCUAUACGAUCCCGAUAAUUGGGAUUCAUUUACUGCUGUGCUCACACAGAGGGCAAUGUCCACUCAAAAAGUUGUGGAGUUUAAAGUGUGGGGAUUAAUUUUGACAGCUUUUAGGAAAGCUAAAGAGGAGAAAAUUGCAGGUGACCGUGCUAGGGAUCUGCUGGGGUUAGGGGCAGGGGGGGGUCUUGUCUCCCCUACAGGUUCGCUGGAGGGCAAGAUGGCGCUGACUCCUUCAGCCCCACCAGAAACAACGACCCUGGAGAUAAAGAAGAACGAAGCGGAGCAGGAACGAUUAAACCAUAAAGAGGAGGACCCACCUCCUUACCCGGCUCGCAGCUUAUAUCCUUCACUUAAGCCCUUUAAAGAUAAAGGGGGAGGGGGGCCUGUGGAGGAAUGCAGUAUAACUUUUAGCACAGUUGAUAAGAGGGUCCUUGGGGAGGGAGAGAUGUCUGGAGGAGUUGUGGUGCGACCUGUGGAAUGCGACAGCAGGGGCAGGACUCACCUAUUGCCCGAUUCCACUUGCUAUUGCGGCCACCCCCUGAGGGGCAUGGAUUGUCCCGCACAGUUUUGCUGUGGGGGGGGCGUUCCAACAGGGAUGGCCCCAGGGUCCGCUCAGGAGGGAUGUGGUCCCAUAUCAACAGCUUCAUGGGGCCCGCCUACCCUCACUGAUUGGGCUCGUGUGAGAGAAGACAUACGGGCCGCAGAUCCAGCAGGUACCGCGCUUACUCUCUCAGUGGUGGUAAAACCAGAGGGUCCAGCUUGGACUCCUUUGGAUUCCAAAGCGAUUAUUCGCCUCUCGGAUUUAGUUAAAAGCAAAGGUCUGCGUUCCCCUGUUACUAUGGCAGCGGUGGAAGCUCUCAUGUCUUCUAGUCUCUUGCCAUAUGAUGUGGUGAACCUUAUGCAUGUUAUUCUUGAGCCUGUACAAUACAUCCUGUGGCAUGAUGAAUGGAAUAGAUUACUUCAAGCUGUGGUGGCUGCUGCCACCCGUGACCCCCACCAUCCAGCCAACGGCCAGCGCAGAGGCGAUAGAACUAGUCUUGCACGUCUUCAGGGCCUGGCAGAUGGAAUGGUGGGAUCCCCAGAGGGCCAAGCAACAUUGCUUAGAGCAGGAGAGCUGGCAGCCGUUACAACUGCAGCCCUUCAAGCCCUGCGAGAAUUGGCUAAGGUUGCGGAACCUGUGCUUCCGUGGGCAGAAAUCAAGCAGGGCCCCACUGAGUCAUUUUCUGACUUUGCAAAUCGCCUGAUCCAUGCAGUGGAGGGAUCUGAUCUCCCACGGGAGGUCCAAUCGCCAGUCAUAACAGAUUGUCUUAAGCAGAAAUCGCUGCCAGACAUCCAGCAAAUCAUCAGAGCAGCGCCAGGAACUCUAACUACCCCAGGGGAGCUUAUUAAGUAUGUAUUAGAUCAUCAGAGGCUCAUACCAUUAACUUAUGAGGGACUAGCAGCCGCCAUGCAGGAGAUGGUUGCUUCAGUUAGUUCUGCGGUUAAGGUGAUGUCAGCCACUCAAGUUGGGGAAGAAAGGGAUAAAGGCCCGUGCUUUAAGUGCGGGCAGCGUGGUCACUUCAAGGCGCAGUGCCCUAAGAAGAUGGGGCAGAGUGGUUCACAGGGACCGGAGAGGCGGUGCCAAUUAUGUGGCGGAGCUGGACAUGUUGCACACCAAUGUUGGAAGUUUGUCAUAGUGCCGCAGGGAAACGAGGAUGGGGGGGUGCCGUAGGCCCAGGGCCCCUCCCCGGGAACACCAAAUGGGCCAGACAAUGCAACUCUGCCUACCCAAGAUCGGGGUCCCGUACCUCAGGGAGACCCUCGCCCACAGUGGCGUUAACCAUGGGAAUGGGGGAGCGCCUCUUGGACAGGAUUAUGAUUACUUGUGCGGGGAGCGUGCUUUCUUGCAGGUCCACUGAGGAAGAGAACACGGCAAAUAUGCCCUCAGCUAUGGCGACUAACAUCUCGUCCGCACCAUCGGCACCCCCCUUCACCGCCCCCUCGGAUUCAGCUUCGCAUAAACAAGUAGAAGAAGACUGCGCUAAACUGUCUGCACUUUUAUCUUGCAAAACGGCUCAAGUGCAGGAACCCAAGGUCGCUGAUACUUCUCAGCCGUAUCCAGGACGACCGCUGUAUCCUUCUCUGUGUAACCUAACACCACCUGUGGGGGCAGGGGGAAAAGUGAGCUGGGAUGGGACACUUGCUGUCUCCUCUCAGGAGGUGGAAUGCAGUAACACCCAGAGGGGUGGGGACUGCGGGCAAGGCUCGGGUAUGGAUUGGUCAAAAGUUAGAGAGGCGGUAGAAGAAAAAACAGCAGAUAGAAAGGGAAGCGAUGUAACUUACAGGCGCUCGGAUGAUAACGUCCGGCCAGCACUGUCCACCCUGAUCGCGCCUGAAGGAGUAGAUGGCGUGUGGGCAGCGCUGUCGGCUCAGGUUGCACCCGUAGGAGAAAGACAAAAUGAAGAGAGUCUCCGGACCCACUCCCUACCACACCAUUCAGACCCACUGAUUCGACCCUCAUAUCCUUUUACAAGAUUGAGUGCGCAUGCAACCAAUCAGAAGUCUCUACAACAGUCAGUGCAUGAUCAAAGGGAGAUGGGUCUGAGGGGAGGGGUGCGGAGCCCGCAGCUUCCAGCUGUGAUUGAAAAAGAUAGUGAAAGGAGAGGUGAAUUUGCAUUUAGGAGUUAAGAGAGAUGCACUAACAGAUUGUGGGAAGUUUAGAUCUAGCCUGAUAGAGGAAGGAAAAAUACUAGAGAUCUUCUUGAUAGUAGGGAACGGUAACAGAGGCCCAGAAGGGGUACCCCUCAAUCCGAAAGACAUCACACACCUGAUAGAUUGUGCAGAGAAACAGGGAUUGAAAUCACUCCUUGCUCUAAAUGCAUUAGAAGUCCUGACAGCAUCAGGUCUUCUCUUUCCUCGUGAUACAACAAAUCUGAUGUGCAUGGUUUUCAAACCAAUCCAGUAUACACUGUGGGCAUCAAAAUGGGUUCCCUUCAGGGACAGGGCCAGAUUGAGGCCUG